CAUUUAAUAUGAAUUUUCUUUGACAGCAGGUAAAGAAACCUCUAGGUCUUAAAGACCCUUCAAGAGAUAUAUACCGUAGUGACUUGGGAAAUCAGAUUCAUCUGUCAUUCUAGGUUUUUGAUCAGCCUAACAGUGCACUUACAGCAGCAAGAAUGGUGUCCCUGAAUCCAGUCCAAAUCCUAAAAUACGAAGCAGAAGAGGAAAAGGCUGAAAUUGCUCGGCUUUCAAGUUUUGUUGGUGCAAUUGCAGUAGGGGAAUUGGUGAAGUCAACCUUGGGCCCAAAGGGAAUGGAUAAAAUUCUAGUAGCCCAGGGACGUAGUUAUGGAGCUGUGGAGGUAACCAAUGAUGGUGCUACUAUCUUGAAGCAUAUUGGAGUUGAUAAUCCGGCAGCCAAGAUAUUGGUUGACAUUUCGAAAGUGCAAGAUGAUGAAGUUGGAGAUGGUACAACAUCUGUCACUGUCUUAGCUGCUGAGCUGCUAAAGGAAGCUGAGAGGCUGAUUGGGAUGAAACUCCAUCCUCAAACCAUCAUUGCAGGUUGGAGGAAAGCAACUGAAGUUGCCAGGGAGGCACUCACUUGUGUAGCCAAAGACAACAGUGCAAAUCCAGAGAAAUUCAAGGAGGAUUUGUUCAACAUUGCUUGCACAACUCUGGGCUCCAAGAUUCUUGCUCAGUAUCGAGAUCACUUUGCCAAACUUGCUGUCGAUGCAGUCCUGCGCCUCCGUGGGUCAGGGAACUUGGAAGCCAUUCAGAUCAUCAAAAAGCUUGGACUCACCCUCCUGGAUUCUUACCUUGAUGAAGGAUUCCUUCUUGAUAAGAAACCUGGUGUCCAUCAACCCAAACGAGUGGAAAAUGCCCGGAUCCUGAUUGCCAACACUCCAAUGGACACUGACAAGAUUAAGGUCUUUGGAUCUCAAGUUAGGGUGGAUGGUGUCUCCAAGGUGGCUGAGUUGGAGCUGGCUGAGAAACAGAAAAUGAAAGAGAAAGUAGACAUGAUCCUCAAGCAUAACAUCAAUGUCUUUAUAAAUAGGCAACUGAUCUACAAUUAUCCAGAGCAGUUGUUCUCAGAUGUUGGAGUGAUGGCCAUUGAACAUGCAGAUUUUGAUGGAAUUGAACGUCUGGCUCUCGUCACUGGUGGAGAGAUUGUAUCCACGUUUUCAAACCCUGAAUCUGCCAAGUUGGGACAUUGUGACCUCAUUGAACAAGUCAUGAUAGGAGAAGAUAAGCUGUUGAAAUUCAGUGGAGUGCCUUUGGGUGAAGCAUGCUCGAUCAUCCUCCGUGGUGCCACCCAGCAGAUUCUGGAUGAAGCUGAGCGUUCUCUUCAUGAUGCUCUCUGCGUUCUCCAGCAGACAGUGAAGGAAACUAGGAUUGUGUUUGGAGGAGGCAUGAUCUCUCUCUCUCUCUCUCUCUCUCUCUCUGUCAUCAGGAAGUCUGUUAAAUGCAUCAUCAAUGAACUUUGCUUUGAUGGGAGGAUGGUCUUAUUUGUAGGAUCAAGUGAAAUGGUGAUGGCAACAGCAGUGUUGAAGGCAGCAGGAGAGACCCCAGGUAAGGAGGCUGUGGCCAUGGAAGCAUUUGCCCAUGCACUCAUGCAGCUCCCCACCAUCAUAGCUGACAAUGGUGGCUUUGAUUCAGCCCAACUUGUCAGUGAGCUUCGUGCUGCUCACAAUCUGAACAAGCACACCUAUGGCAUCGAUAUGAUCAAUGGGAAGAUUGCAUGCAUGGAGCAGUUGGGUAUCACUGAAGCCUACCAGGUGAAGCGUCAAGUUCUUCUCUCAGCCUCAGAAGCAGCAGAGAUGAUAGUGCGUGUUGAUAACAUCAUCAAGGCUGCACCUCGCAAGAGAGUCCCUGAUAAUCAUCCGUGUUGAUUCCUCCUUGAUCAGCAGCUUUUGAUUGCUGUCUACUAAAUAUUUUCUACUUUACCUUGCCAAUUUGGAUUCAUUCCGUCUUGUUUCUCUAUAAUUUUGGUUCUGUCCAUCCACCACUAAAGAAUUUUCUACUCAAAGGCCAAUGUCCCUUUCAUUCAUAUAGUACAGGUGCUGUGUCAAAUAUGGCUUCAUUGGAUGUACUACAGGUUGGAUUGCAAAAUGGUUCAAUAAUAUUUUUCAAAAUGGAGUUGUCA